AUGGACGCCUCAGCACUACAGAAGUCGCGCCGUCGCGCCAACCCUUCGAAGAAGCCCAAGGGAAACCCUAACAAGCGUCCCAAGACUGAUGAACCAAGAGAGCAAAACCGCAACCAAGGAAACGCUGCUGCUGUCCCUCUUGCACCUGUGGCGCCGCUUUCCAUCCCAGUCCCGUCUGAUUCGAUGAGAUUCACCGACCUUAAGAACUUGCUGGACCCUCUGCUACUGAAGACAAUUACUGAUGACCUCAAGUUCGACCACAUGAUGCCCGUGCAGGAGGCCACUCUUCACGAAUUGCUGGAGAAGCGCAUUGAUUGUCUGGCUCAGGCCAAAACUGGAACCGGAAAGACAGUUGCCUUCCUUCUGCCUGCUAUCCAGACUCUGAUCAACAAGAACAAGCCCCGCGGAUCCGGAAUCUCAUUGCUAGUUAUCUCGCCUACUCGUGAACUUGCCAUGCAAAUCGCUAAGGAAGCAUCAAACCUGCUUCAGCGCCUGCCUCAAUUCAAGGUUUCUAUUGCAAUUGGUGGCACCAACAAGGACAAGGAGGAACGCGACAUCCUUAGAGGAGAUGGCUGCGAUAUUCUCAUUGCUACUCCUGGCCGUCUCUACGACCACCUUGGAAACCAACAGAUAACACAAUCUUUCCGUAACCUUGACACACUGGUUCUGGACGAGGCUGACAGAUUACUCGACAUGGGUUUCAUGGAGGACCUCAAGAAGAUCAUCAGAUGCUUGCCUGACAAGGAGAAAUCGAAGCGCCAGGGAAUGCUCUUCUCGGCAACCAUCGCACCUCAUGUUCAGCAGUUUGCCCAUCUUGUCCUUGCAUCUGGAUACAAGUUCAUCUCCACCAUUCCUGCAGGCGAAGCUCAGAUUCAUCAGCGUGUGCCACAACUUCUUGUCACGGUCGAGUCGUGGGCUCAAGUUGUUCCCGCCAUGGUGGCUUCCAUCCAGUCCGAGUGCAAGCUCAUUGGCCCUGCUGAGUUCAAGGCAAUCGUCUUCGCACCCACAGCAGCCCUUGCCGAUUUCUACCACGACGUUCUCUCAAACAUCUCCGGUCUGCCUCAAGCAAGCGUACUCCACGCCAGAGUCAGCCAGUCGCGCCGCACAAAGGUGACAAACGAAUUCCGUGAAGCUAGCAGUGCCAUCCUCGUUGCCACUGACGUUGUUGCCCGCGGUCUCGAUUUCCCUGGUGUUUCGAACGUCUUCCAGAUUGGUCUCCCUGCAGACAAGGAGUCUUACAUCCAUCGUCUGGGCCGUACAGCACGCGCAGGCAAAGAGGGCAGAUCCGUCUUCAUUGUCACUGAGCCCGAGUCCUUCUUCCCUCGCCACGUUCUCAAAGCCAUCACCUUUGAGACUGCCAACCCCGACUUUGCAUCUGUAGCACCCCAAGUCGAGACCAUUGUCAACAAGUACGAAGCCAAGGGAAAGACCUACCAAGCAUGGCUGGGCUUCUACAAGGCUCAUGCUAGAGCCAUGAGAUGGAGCGAUGAUCAGCUGGUCGCUGAGGCCAACAAGUUCGCCAUCGAGGCUCUUGGCUGUGGUGAAAUUCCUGGCUUGGAGAGAAAGACUGUGGGCAAGAUGGGUUUGAAGGGCGCAAGAGGUUUGAACAUUGUUGCCAACCUGCCGCAAAAGUCAGGUGGAGGACGUGGCGCUGGUGGUGGUAGAGCCAAGGGUCCUGCUGCCAGAUAA